AUGGAAUGCCCACUGUAUGAGAAUGAACGCGGUCUCAUAUGGUCACGAAUCAAGGGAUUCCGACACACAACAGAUCUGCAAGCAUUACUCAAGGAAAAAAAGGCCGCAAUUGCAAUCGCGCAGUUCAUCAUUGACACGCGAGUGCUUGAUCAAUUCCGUGAGGUAGAUCCGGAAGCAGUUGGCACCUAUGAAAGUGCAGAAAUAGCGGCUCAAUUGGAGCCUGCAAAUGACAAGGACACUGACGUGGGAACAUCUUCCGUUCUCUGUGGCGCGCCUCUAUGGCGCACCACCCGUGGCUGGGCCGCGGAUCUCUUGGUGCCUGCAGGCUUAGGCACACACCUGGAUAGCGGCUCUUAG